AUGGAAAGUCUUCUGUGCAACGAGGUGUGGUUUAUGAGCCCUGCACCAGUCACUGUUCUUGAUAAAUUACGUGCCAAUGAUCAGUACCAUAAUGUAAGGAGAAAUUAUACAGCUAGUUGUUUCUACUCAACCCAAGAAGAUUUUGAGAAAGCUAUUAGGAUUUUUCUGGAUAAGGAAGCCAGUUACUUGCCGAAACCGGGAUACGUGAGUCAUAUUAAGUCCGAUAAUUCGAUUGAUCAAGCUAGGUUUAAGAGUGUUUGCUGGCUUCUUAAGUCUCAAAAGCGGUUGGAUCUCUCUUUUGGAACUGUUUUUGGUGCUGUGAGUUACCUGGAUCGAUUCAUUUCAAUAAUUCAAUGCCAAGGUUGGAAAUAUUGGAUGUUUGAACUACUUUCCAUCGCAUGUUUAUCAGUCGCCUCCAAAUUCAAUGAAUCAAUCACUGCAUCGUUGCAUGAAUUUCAGGUGGAGGGUUUAGAGCAUUCCUUCUCAUCAAGCCAAAUUCAGCUAAUGGAAUUGACUCUCUUGAAGGCAUUAGGAUGGAGAAUGGAUUCACCGACUCCAUAUUCUUACACAGAAUUGUUGAUACGCGUCAUCAAUAACUUAAACAAAACCCUUGUAGAUAAUCUAACUGCACGCGUCACUCAACUUCUUCUUAAUAUCCUUUUAGAUUCUAAAUUCCUGGAGUUCCGGCCAUGCGUUAUUGCUAUGUCUGCAAUAAGAUGCAUACUUGAAGAUGAUCUUGUUCCAUCAACAUAUGAUACAUCCGUCGAUCAUUUUGACACGUUUAUUUCCCAAGAUCAAAGGGAAGAAGUAAUAAAAUGCCAAAGCUGGAUGGAGAAAGAAUUAAUGACAGAUAACAGCAAUAAAUUAGAGUCCCAGAAUGCAAAUUACAGUGCCCCUACAAGUCCAGUAACAGUACUAAAGGUGGAGUGGGACAAAUUCUAUGAGUGUCAACUUGAUCUCUUUCUCUUUAAGAAGUCGAGGAUAAACAUCAAUUUCAGAUCAAGUAACAAGAGGAAGAGAGAAGAAGAAUGUGCACUCAGAAAUUUAUGUUAA